CUGUUUGGGGGGUUCUUUUCAGGGGGUCCUGUUCAGGGGGUUCUGUUUGGAGUGGUUCUGUUCAGGGGGUUCUGUUUGGGGUGGGCUGCUCUGGGUAGGCCUAUGGCGUGUGCCCUCUAGCAUCAUGUGGACAGGGGUUGUGGUUCUGACCCGGUUGCUGCUGGUGCUGCUGGCGUGGAUGCCCCUGUGGGCCCAGGAGGACGGGACCGUCACCCCUCAGGACUGUGGUCUGGACUGUAUCCGACAGGGGGACCCUUCCUGUGUUUACUGCAGAAUCACACAGGCUGAAGUGAAGAACGCUCUGGGAUUCAACCCCAUACACACAUUUGGAAGUUGUGUUCCCUGGCCCUGUCUGGAGCUCCUGGCUCCCUCAGACCCUCAGAUCUGUCAACACUUCGUCCAGGCUCCAGACGACGUCACCGUGGAGUUUGUGGACUAUCUGGACCCCAUGUCCGACACCAUUGUUGUGUCCUGGAGACCCAGUUACUACGGUAUCUCCUUCCUGCGGGGUUUCCAGGUUUCUCUUCAGGUUCUGGGCGGUUCCAUCGUGGCCUGUCAGCUCUUCCUUUUCCACAAGAACCUUUCACUUCCAGCAUCACAUGCUCUAAAGGUGUACAAGUCGGACCCGUUCUCCGGUCUCCCCUUGGGAACCCAGUACGCUGUGACUGUCAUGGCUCUGCCGGUACCAGAGGAGUGGGAGAGGUUCUACCACAGCACCAUGUUCUCCACCCGCUCUUGUGCUGAGAAGAAUGGACUGGAACGAUGCAAGAAAGACUGGUACCCCAAACACAUCCAGGUCCAGCAGAAUGGAACCACAGUCACUGUGACCUUUAACCUGGCUCCUCCAGACCUGGGCAUCACAAGCUAUUUCUCGUCAUGUUACGCCAAUGGCCUGAAGACGUACACAGACAUCACACCUAAUUCCAAGAAUAGAACUCACCACAGCUACCAGAUCCACCACCUGCAAGAAGGAACCAACUACACCUGUGUGAUCGCUGCUAAUGAAGUGGACGCAGUGAGAAAAACCUUUAAAGUUCACCUCACACACACUCACAAAGAACCUCAUUCCCAACCUUCAGUGUCUCCCUUGGCUGUGAUACUUCCACUGGGCCUUGCUCUGGCGGCCAUAUUUGUAGUCCUUCUGAUGGUUCUCAGCAGGAGGGGGGCCAAGGUCCAGAUGAAGAACCUGAGCAUCGUACCAGAUGUCAUCAAACAGCAUCAGGAGAACCACGCCCACCAGGAAGUGACAUCACUACCCAGACACAAGCUGGCCCCGCCCCGCCUUCUGAUGGUCUACAGCCACUAUGAUGGCCCCGCCCACAUCAACGCAGUCCUGCGGUUAGGAGCCUUCAUCCAACAACACAUGGCAACACAGGUGAGUCUGGACCUGUGGGACACUCUGCGCGUGGCAGAGGAAGGCUCUGCCUCCUGGUACUGCCGUCAGAUCCGGGACUGUGACUUUGUGUUGGUCAUCUGUUCCCGCGGUUUCAGCCGACGACUGGAACAUCCAGACAACAGCGUCGACGACGAUGACGAGUCCAGACCGGUUCUGAGUUCUGGCUGCGCCGCCGCCGUCCACAUCAUUGGAGCGGAGGUGUGCCGCGCCAGGACCCUGGGCCGGGACCUGUCCAAGUACAUGAGCGCCACCUUUCAGGACUCUGAAGACCACCACGUCCCCCUGGAGCUGAGGCUGGUGUCCAGCUACAGACUGACCGAAGACCUGCCCCUGCUCUUCUCACACCUGCAUGGAGUGGCCCUACACCGGCCUGGGGGGGUCCUGAAGGUCCAGCACCUGUCAGAGGAGGGCCUGACUCAGGUACCAGCAGGGGCUGCUCUGAGGAGGGCCAUCUACGAAGCAGGGCUGGAGAUGAGGGCAGAGCAUGACCAGCACCAAGGCCACCAAAACCACUAAGACCAAAACCAUCAAGACCACAAAGACCACCAAAACCACCAAGACAGAGACCACCAGUACCAAAGCAGCGCUGGAUCUGAGGGCAGAGCAGCACCAGCACCUAGACUAGUGAGCACCAAGAUCAAGACCACCAAGACAGAGACCACCAAAACCAAGACCAUUAAGACCAAAACCACCAAGACCAAAGUAGGGCCAGAUCUGAGGGCAGAGCAGCACCACCUAGUGGACGGAGACCAGUGAGCACCAAGACCACCAAAACCACCAAAACCAAGACCACCAAAACCAAGACCACUUAUACCAAAACCACCAAGACUACCAAAACCACCAAACAGCAUCCAGCCCAUGUUAGCAGAGGGUCUGUUGUGAAUGUUUCAAAUGGUCCUAAUGCUGCUCAGGCACAGAUGGACUCUAACCCUAACCCUAAUCCUAACCCUACCCCUGGGCUGUGACGUCAGCUGGUGAGGGUUAGUUUAAGGCUGGUGUGCACUUUGUCGUAUGCGAACCUGUUUUGUGUUUACAGAAGGAUUUGUAUAUAAAUCUCCGUUUUGAAUGUAAUAAUUAUUAAAUCAGUUUAAUGAUCUAAAUGUAUUCACACACAUGAACUGUUUCUUUUCUCAUCGUAUUGUGUCAGAGCUGUUGUGAAUAAACUCAGUAUUCAUCUCAUUCUAGUAUUCACCAUUAAAUGUGCUCAUAGUGAAGUUAUUCUUUCUGUUUACAGGACUUAUUUACUUAUAUAUAUAUAUGUACAUCUGAUGGGAACUGAUUACUUGGUCCUAUUUGAAUGUUUACGUUAACUUUUACAUAUAGAUAAAUGUGUGACGUGUCUUUACAUUUAAAAAAAAAAAACUAUGUAAAAUGGCUUUU